GACGGGGGGAGAGGAUAGGUAGACCUACAGUAGGACUGUAGGAGGGAAAAGGUUGAAACGACAUACGUAAACAAACAACUUGUAUACGUUCAUUUUGCCCCGAAUAAUUGCAACGACCUAACAUGUGACAAAAACCUAGAUAAUGUGCACCAAAGUGCAUCAGACUUUUUACCCAGUGAAGAAGGGUCAUUCGUCAUUCGUCAUUCGUCCUUCGCCCUUCAACUCUUACUUUCGUUCCAUCCCAAUUGGGUUUGAAUUUAAAAGAACGUAGCAGGGAAGCUCGAAUGAGCCGUGUCGAUCAUCAGGAUGUGGCAACAAGAAUUACGCGUAUAUAAUUGGGAACUGCAGUCUUUCUUCAAUUUGGCAUUGAAUCCUAGAGAAACAAGAUCUCAUUCGUUAGUUCCUGCAUGAUCUGAAAAGAGCAAGUAAACCGAAAGAAUAGUCGCUUGGCGGGCCUUCUGUUCAGCACACCAAGAAGCUGAAAGUGAUCGUCAUUGCGUGUUAGGUGGUAGAAUGUGAAACUCUUUUAUCCACAUCGAAGAAUAUCUUGGCUGCGAUGUGAAUGCGAAAUGCUCGGCGGAAAGUCACAAAAUUUGCGUGUAAAAUGUUGUUGCAACCCUAUCAAGUCACGCUGAAAUACCCGAGCAUAGGAUUUCCUGUUCUUCAUAGAGCAACCGUUCGCGAAAUUGUGAACCGGUAUUGAACAUACGCAAAAAAGAGGUUUGGGGUUUCUGAGUUUAACUGUCGUGACUUGCACUAGCCCUUUCAAACCGGAUCGAUGAAAAGGCAUUUGCCAAUCGCAGUGUGGUUCGUGUUUUCACAGGAUGUACUUGCAGUUAGCGAGAAUUCCUCUCAGAAAUGACAUCUUGUUAUAAAGACUGUGACUCGAUCGUAGGAGCUCGUCUAAAAAUUCUUCAAGAGCCACAACCGAUUUACAGUUUUCUUUACGAAAGUGAAGUGAGAAAAGAUCACGCAUAUCUUUACGCCGAUCCUGCCGCAGACAAGAAUUGGAUACAUGUACAGUUAAAACAUUGGCGAGGAGAAGAGGAGGUCAGCGUCAGGUGUUCUCUCGUCAGUGACAGCCCCGAACGUAAGCCCCACUUCCAUCGACUGGCAAAGAAAAUUGGCAGUCAAAUUCAAAUCAACGAAUACCAAGAAGGAGAGGUGUUGAAAAUGAACGAUUGCCUUAUUGCCAAAUUUCCCAAAUUGUCGAUCGUCCGCACAAAAAUACCAAAUAAUGGCGACCGUGAGGUGAUUAAAAAGAUGUGGCAAAUGCGCGAUAUAGUCAGACUCAAGUUCGAGGCGUUUUUUCUUGUAAACGGGAACGCUCAGCAGGAAAUCUGCAAUCCCGUGUAUUCACAGCCCAUUCACCCUCCAGUGAUCUAUAGUUCUAUACAAAACAGCCUGUGAACUAUUAAAUGACACCAAUAAUUUAUUUGUACUGCAGCAGAAAAGCGACCAAUUAAGGCAAUGUUUUGAUGUAGAAAACGAAACGUCCUCGUUCUUAAUGUAACAAUAAAAUAUUUCUGCAAAUCAA